CAACGCUGGGGAAUAGGAUCAGCAAGAAGAAAGGCAGAUGAAAUGAAGUCAAAGUGUCACUGAUUUUUGUUUCUGUACCUGGAGAGAAGACUACUGUCCUAGAGUCACUCUGGCCCACAUAAGACCACCUGACAUGCAGAUAUAACUCCAAGGUAAUUAUGGAUCUGGUCAACUUGACUGAUUUGCUCAGUGUCUCUACUUUAGUAAGAAACAGCACUCACUUUCCAGUUCCUGCCUCGAAUGUGAUCAUUGCCUUUCUGCUGUGCACGUCAGUUAUAAUUGGUACCAUCACCAAUGGUCUCUACCUGUGGGUGCUAAAAUUCAAGAUGAAAAAGACUGUCAAUACACUCUUAUUUUUUCAUCUCAUUCUCUCCUAUUUUAUUUCAACAUUGAUUCUACCAUUUAUAGCCACCACCUACCUUCAGGACAAUCACUGGAGCUUUGGAACUGCCAUGUGCAAGGUCUUCAAUGCCACUUUGUCGGCAGGGAUGUUGGCCUCUAUUUUCUUCCUCUCGGCCAUCAGCAUUGACCGUUACCUUCUCACUCUUCACCCAGUGUGGUCACAGCUUCACCGAACCCCACGCUGGGCUACCGGCAUCGUCCUGGGAAUCUGGCUGUCUGCCACUGCCCUCGCCAUGCCCUAUUUGGUUUUCAGAGAGACAAAGUAUGACCAUAAAGGAAGAGUGACCUGCCAAAAUAACUACGCUGCAUCUCCUAACUGGGAAAGCAGUAAGAUGCAGACAUUAGGGAAAAGGAUUCAUGUAGCCUGUUUCAUCAGCCGCUUCUUGCUGGGCUUCCUUCUGCCUUUCUUUAUCAUCACGCUUUGUUACAAAAGAGUAGCCAACAAGAUGAAAGAGAGGAGCCUGUUUAAAUCUAAUAAGCCGUUCAAAGUCAUGGUGACUGCCAUUCUCUCUUUCUUUGUGUGCUGGAUGCCCUACCAUGUACACCAGGGCUUACUUCUCACUGAGCAUCAAUCAGUACUUUUACAGGUGACUCAGCUACUUACAGUGAUAACCAUUUCUUUCAAUGCUCUCUUUUCUCCUACACUCUAUCUAUUUACUGGGGAGAACUUCAAAAAUGUUUUCAAGAAGUCCCUUCUUGCUCUGUUUGAGUCAACAUUCAGUGAGGAAAUUUUGGCAGAAAGGACACAAAACCUAAAUUCAGAAGCCUACGUUUAA